GGACGAGUGGCGGACUCUUCCGUGACUUCCGUCUCUGGGAGUGCAAGUGUGCGACUGCCGACUGGUGCGAGGUUGCGACUCUUAAGAGCACUGGGGAGUGGGGACGAUUGCUGGGCGGUGGACUGCGGUCUGCGGAAACUUGCCGGCGAAUGGAGGACUGGAGGAGUUUGGUGGAUAGAGCUCCAAUUGACAAAGUCUUCUGAAAUCCGGCCCUUUCUUUAGGAAUAGAGGAUGUGCAUUCAGGGGUCACGAUGAGUCUGAAAAGUCUUAUAAUCGAGGAAAUGUGAUUGUACUGAUAAAUUACACAGCAAAGUGGAAUGCCGAUGUGAAAGAUGUUGUAUUGAGUAAUGCGCCAAGAAAUGCCAAAUCCACUUCUCCGGACAUCCAAAAAGAAGUUUUAUCACUAAUGGCUAACAGAGUUCGUUGGUUGAUCCGAGAGGAAAUUGGAGAUUCUUGUUUUUCUAUCCUUGUUGAUGAAGCAAAGGAUGAGUCAGAACGAGAACAAAUGGCGAUUAUCUUGAGAUUCGUGAGCGCUACAGGUAUUUUAACUGAGCGUUUCUUUGCUAUUAAAGGCGUUUCUGAGACUUCUUCUGAAACACUUAAGCAUGAGAUUAUGAAUGUCCUGUCUCAUUUCAAUCUUCAAGUUCACAAAUUACGAGGCCAAGGAUAUGAUGGCGCUAGCAACAUGCGAGGGCAGUGGAAUGGAUUACAAGCAUUGUUUAUUAAUGAUUGUCCAUUUGCGUAUUAUGUCCAUUAUUUUGCUCAUAGGUUGCAAUUGACAUUGGUGCCUGCAGCAAAGCAAUGUGAUCCUAUUUGGAAAUUCUUUUCUAUAUUGGAUAAACUCAUUAAUAUUGUUAAGUCUUCUGCUAAGCGCAAUACAGAACUACAAGAUGCUCAUAGAUUAGAAAUUGAUGCUAUGUUGGAAAGUGGGGAGCGACAAUCUGGACGAGGGGCCAACCAAAUGUCAUUCUUACAGCGUUCAGGUACAACUCGUUGGGGCUCUCAUUAUGAUUCUGUUCUAAGUAUGCUUGAAUUGUAUAAUGCAACUUGUAAGGUGCUUGAAAAUAUUGCUUGUGAUGGGUCAAAUUCAAAGAUCCAAAAUGAAGCAGAGGGAGCGUGCUCAAGUAUUCAAAGCUUUAAUUUUGUGUUUGGUUUGCAUGUGAUGAGAUCUAUUAUGGGCAUAACUGACUUUGUUUGUCAAGCAUUUCAAAAGCAAUCUGUUGACAUUUUAUCUACGCUAGGAUAUGUUUCAACUGCCAAAACUCUUCUUCAGGAUUUGAGGGAUAAGGGAUGGGAGGAUAUGUUUAAGCAAGUAGAAGAUUUUUGCUUAAAACAUAAAAUUGAUAUACCUGACAUGAAGAGUAAAAUGUGCCGCGGAAGAAAUGAGGUGGAUGUUGAGCAUUAUUAUCAUUUUGAAUAUUUCACAGUCCAUCGAUUUUCAAGUUGCAGAGUUAGAAUCAAGAUUUAAUGAGACAACAGUUAGACUUAUGGAACUUAGUGUGGCAUUGGAUUCGAGAAACUCUUUUGAAUCUUAUAAUGCCAAUCAUAUAUAUAAGCUUGUUGUUGAGUUUUAUCCCAAUGAUUUUGAGCAACACGAGAGGAAUGCUUUGAUGGGGGAGCUGCCGUUUUAUCAUUCUCAUGUGGUAAAAAACUCUCAAUUUCAAGUUCCUACUCUUGCAAAUUUAUGUGAAAUGUUGGUCAAGACAAGAAAGGCUGAAGACUUUAAAAUGAUUACAAGAUUGAUACGUCUUGUAUUAACAUUACCAGUUUCUACGGCCACAACUGAGAGAGCAUUUUCAGCGAUGAAGCAUGUCAAGACUGCGAUUCGAAAUAAGAUGGCUGACGAGUUUCUAGCUGAUAAUUUAACAGUUUUUAUUGAAAGAGAACUUGUUAGCACAAUAGAUAUUGAUUCUCUUAUCGACGAGUUUGCUAAAGUAAAAGAUCGCCGAGUGCAAUUGACUUUGUAGCAUAAUGCAUUAUCUCUUUUGUUGUAACAACUUUUAUGAUAAAUUGUGGUUAGUUUUAUUAUUGAAUAUUUAUUAUAAACUUUGUCUUGAG